CUUCGAGAAAGGCCAAGGUCCUAAUACAGUUAGGCGGUAUCACCUGGAAGCUUUCGCAGUUGCGGCUUGAUAGGAUAGGCUCACUUUUUGAAGAAGACGGAGCCUUCAAAAUCAAGGAAUGCCUAUGGCGCUGUUAUAUGUUACAUGAGCGAUUCUUGAUAGAAGGCCAGCGUGGCCCUUUUGCUACCGAUGCAGAGUUCUACGACAGUCUUGUUUCCACAUUCCUAGAACAAGCAGAGUGUCUGCGCUUAUCACACCAUUGCUUUGUGGCUCCAGUUCCUUCGAGAGAAGAUUACGAUUCCGACAAGCAAUAUCGACAAGCUGUAGAUCUGUGGAAUGACUUCGUCGCUGUCGGAGACAAAAUUGAUUCUGCAGAUAACAGGCUGGAUUACAUCGUUGCAGGAAAUGCCCUCCGCGAUAUUAUACACAAGCUUGAACACCCCACUGUUAAUCAGGGGACUUUUCCGCUAUGUCACGCUGACCUCAGUGUCAAUAACAUCUAUGUUGACGACGACUACAACAUUACUUGUAUCAUCGACUGGGCCUUUACAUCUUCUGUUCCGGACUCCAUGCUGUUAGCUCCUCCCGGGUUGCCACAAUAUGGCGACAAGAUAAGCCCAGAUUUACAUGCGGCCUUCAUCGAUGGUUUCCUGGCAGCUAUUCCCGGAUCAGCCGAAACGAGUAUGGUGCGCAGGUACCGCGAAACGCUUGAACAAGGCCAUUUCUACUGGAACCUGAGUCGACUACUCGGACUAGACUCUAUCGGUGAUUACGCCCUCUUUGCUACCGCUUGGCAAUCUACCUCUGGCCCUGCAAAAGGUAUUGGGGAGUACUUCUUACAAAAACGUCGCUCGCCUCGCUACCUCCAGCUUUACGAUGAGGUUCAACAGGAGGACCGACCCCUGUGGAAAGUUGAAAGGGAUGAGAAAGACUAUUUCCGGAACAACGUGUUCAAGCACACAAUAGCCAAGCAAUUGACGCUCAUGUCCGAGUGGAAAGCAAAGUAUGCAGCUGAGCCUCUGCGGAGGAUCCGACAAGAUACAUUUGUUGCUUCUCCGAAUCUGUGGAAGUGGAUUCUGCAAUUCAUGGAGGACUGGGAGGAGAUGCUUCGAUGAUGACGAUGACAUCAACGUCUGAAUACAGUCAUUGCAGGGAGUAUUGCAUUGCAGAGAUGUAAUUUGCUGUUUAUCUCUAUCCGGAAAUGUAUUGGCACCGUUAAACUAUGGAUAUGUGACCUAAAGACUGCUAAUUCGAGACUCUCAAAAAGAGUUGGUCGUCACAGGUGCACCCCGUUCAUUCUCAUGAUCUUAAUCCCCUCAACCUGAAUAUCUUUUCUUCAGGGUGCUUCUCUACUGCGAGUGACUGAUUCAUAAGCGAUGUUAAUUUGCAUUUCUCUAUUCCAUCACAGCGAAAAGUAAAUAGAGCCACG